AUGUACAGGAUGGCCGUCCUCGCGAUGUGCUGCUCUGAUACGUCCUUGGACAUUGGAAAAUGCGUCAUGCUUGCUAUCGUGCAUGAUCUUGCGGAAGCACAAGUCGGCGACAUUGCCCCUCGCGAGGGCAUCCCGAAAGCAGAGAAGCGCCGACUAGAAGCUGAAGCGAUGCAUAAUUUCGUACAUGAGAUGUUGCACGAUAGCCCUGCGGCGCAGAAGAUUCAUUCGCUCUGGCAGGCAUGA